AUGAAAAAUGUUGUACUUAGAUUUGUUAAUACUAUAUGUAAAGAUAAGGAUGAAAUAAAGUUAAAACAAUUUUACAAUUUUAUUUUACAAAAUGAAAAUAUAAAAUAUUUCAACUUAAAUGAUAUUGCAUACCCAAUUUCAUCGAUAUGUUUAUUUAUAAACUUUCUAGAAAAAAAAAACGUUGAAAAUUGUAAAAACAAGUACUCAGGUAUUCAUAAUAUAUCACUAAAAAAUAAUAUAUGCUUUAAAAAAAGGAAUCUCAAUAAAUUUCAAAAAAAACAAUGUAACAAUUAUACAAAAGAUGAAUCCUUGCCAUGCUCAUUCCCAACUACCACAACAGACAAUGAAACAAAAAUAAAAAAAUUUAUUUAUUUUGGGAGAAAAUAUUCGAUUUCCUUUUUCAAUAAAUACUUAAAAUAUGUUUUAAUUCGAUGUAGAAAAGAAUGUAAGCAAAAUCAAAUCUUACCAAACAAUAUCACUAAAAAUUGUGUCAUACAAAAUGUCAAAAUUGAAACUGUUGGGAACUUUCUACACAUGUUUAAUGCCAUAUGUGUACUGCAAGAUGGGAGGUACGACAAAACUGCGGGAACUCUAUUUCGUCUAACAUUGAAGAAGCUCGUUCAAGCAAUUCAGUCAAAUAAUUUGGAAAAUGAAAAAGUACAAAUUGUUGAUAGGAAAACGGUUGACAGCCAAACGGUUGACAGCCAAACGGUUGUUGAAGCUUUGACAAUAAUGAAUAAGCAUAUGAGUGUAUCAAGCCAAUGCCUUAUCAAUUCAAACUUAUUCAACUUAUUUUACUUCAACUUAAUUAAUUAUGUUAUGGGUAAAAACGUGGUCAUAAUAAACGGCUCACCACUUUGUACUAAACAAAAAGCAGUACUAACAAGUGUAAGCAAAAUAAAUGAUAUAAAAAAAUAUUACAAAAAAAAAAUAUUUUUAGACAUCCAUAAUUAUAUUGCCAUAUUAAGUUUUUUAAAAAAGUAUGAAUAUAUUUUUCAAAUUUAUAACUUUCAAAAUUUUAGUGAUACAACAGAUGAUGUUGUAGGUCAUACAAGAGAGGGCAGUAUAUCUAGUACAGAAGCUAAACAACAAAUUCAUGAAACACUUAUUGAUAUAUUUUUUUCAGUUUUGAAGUUAGAUUGUAAAAAUCAAACAACCAAACAUACAAGUAUUAUAAAAUUAGUAACAUUAUUUCCACAAUAUUUUUAUAAAAUAUUAAACAAUAAAUUAGAUGGAAAUAUAAAUAAAAUCAUUAUUCAAAAUAAUUGGCUAAUAACAAAACAGAUUAGUACCUUAUCAUAUUUUUUAUUUCAAAAUAAUUAUAAUUAUACUAACUAUUUUAAUCUGAACAUAUAUAACCAUAUCUCAUUUUAUAAUACCCUUAAAAAGUUUGAAAGUUGUAAUAAUAGAACACUAAUAGAGGAUCAACUAAAUUUAUAUAAAGAGUUCUUUAUGUUUAUUUUCAAAUAUUAUAUACCUUUUUUAUAUACUAAUAAUAUAAUCUAUCUUCUCUCUACCUUUACUAGCCAAAUAAAAAAACAUUCCCAAGAAGAAAUAAAAUAUAUACUUACAAUUAUAAACAUGAUCAAUAAUGAAAUAAUAAAACGGGUUCGAAUGUUUGGAAUUAUAAAUAUGCUUCCUUCAGUAUGUCAAACAAAUUAUACAAAUUUUGAUAAUAAUUUACCAGAGAAUAAUCAGAUCUUUUUUCAUUUUUUUAAAAUAUAUAAAAGACAUUUAUUCAAUAUAUGUAAUGCAUAUUCUAAUUUAAAAUUUGUUACUAACAGGUUUAUUAAAAUCGUUGAUCAUUUUGUAGAAAACAAUUUAGAGAGUAUGAAUACAAAAGAUAUUACUGCCCUUAUAUAUUAUUACAACAAAAUUAAUUAUAAAAAAAAUGAUAUCCUUAAAAGUGUAAUGAAUUAUGUACAAACAAAUAUAUAUCAAUAUGAAAUUGGUCAAAUACAGACUAUACUAUUUGGCUUCUUCAAAUUAGGGACAGACUUAAGUACAGACUUAACAACACACACCUUUACUUACCUACUUAUGUAUAUUAUGGCAAUGGAUUAUAUAAAUACAAAUAAUUAUAAUAUGUAUAAAAAUAAAUUUCCUAAUAAUUUAUAUACAAAACUAACAACAAAUGAAAUAAAGUGUGUGCAAAAUUUUGUAAAAUAUAUAUCCACCUUUAUAAAUUCAUAUAAUUAUAAUGAUCGUAUUAUUUUACAACAAACACAAGACUUAUUAAAAGUGACAAUUAAAGAGGACUCUACUUUCUUUAUUUCAAAUUUGGAUAUUUAUAAAAUUAUUUAUUUUUAUAAAGAAAUGGAAAAAGAUGAAUUAUUUUAUGGAAAUAUAAAAAAAAUACAACAUAAAAAAAUAGACAAUAUUUUGAACAUUUUAAAUAUAUUAAAUUUACUUUCUAAAUAUAAAAUUAAAAAUAAUAUAAUACUUUAUAACCUAUUUUAUUUACAUAUUUUACAAAAAAAUAAAUAUAAUAAAUUUAUAAAAAUUAAUGAUUGGAUUAAUAUUAUUAUUGGCUAUUCAAAAUUACCUAACUAUAACCCACACUACAUAAACAAAUGUAUUAAGCAUGCUUGUGACAGUACUAUCUUAUUAAGUAAUUCUGAAAAUAAAAGCAGAAUAAAUAAAAAGGACAUUCUCCUUCUUAAAUAUUUGUAUAACUAUUUAAAAAAAAUUAAAUUAUCAAACUACACAUUAAUACAAAAUAUUAUAUCAAACUAUGAUCUUACAAAUUAG